UUAUUUAUGUCAUGAAAUUGUGUUAUUUUUUAAUGUUCCGUAUUUAUUCGUUACGGUUAAUUUUAUUUUUGCCAAAUUGUAGUUGAAUAUGAUUCAACUUAAUGCAUUGCUAUUCGUUAAUAAAUCGUCUUAUAUAGUUUGCAAUAAAUCAGUGAUAUUUGAGUCAGUUUUAAAAGAUUAGGCUAGUGUACCUUAUCUUGGACCAAGGUUUGAUGCAGGUUAAAUGUUAUUCUUGUUCUUAUCAAUUAAACUCAGUUAUUAAUAAUUAUAACAAAACCUGAAGCAAGGCAACUCUAAGUUUAGGCAAAUUAGCAAGUAUAUGAGAGGGCCGAGCAUAAACAAGGCCUGAUAGGUUACAACCAGGACCAACUGAUAUGAGUUAACUUAAAGCUUAAAGUCAUGGAAAACACUGAGGAAUCACAACUUGCUAGUUAUGAAAGUUGUAAGCUUUUGGCCUUAUCAACAUACCAGUCCGCAAGCGAGAGAUGUGAAAACCAGAAUAUUCUUACAACUAUCAAAAGAAAAUAUGAGGGAGUAAUAAAUUCCCCUAGAACUUUUGAGUAUAUCAAUGAUCUUCAUACUCUUUUGAAAGUUUUAGAAAAAAGGUGUGAGCUACAACCAACGGACAUUCAUGUCUUAGAAUAUAUUUAUAGUGUUCUUAACAUAAAGACACACAAUUUGGAUUAUCAUAAAACAAUACUUCAUGAUACAGGCAAGAGUAGGCCUACUCACAACGUCCAUUCCAGAGGAGAUGUCCCACUUCAGGCUACCAACAGUAACACAGUGCCUACAUUUCAUUACUCCCCUCCAAGGCAAAGUUCCUCUGGUGUUAUUGGAAAUGGCAGCCUAGAUCAGCAAAGAUUAAACACAAGAGGAGAUGUCCCACUUCAGGCUACCAACAGUAACACAGUGCCUACAUUUCAUUACUCCCCUCCAAGACAAAGUUCCUCUGGUGUUAUUGGAAAUGGCAGCCUAGAUCAGCAAAGAUUAAACAAAAGAGAUGGUGAGAAGGUGUCCAGACCCCCAGUAAAGCCUCUAAACUUUCUUGAUCAUUUUGGUGAUGAAGAUCUGAUGGCCAUCUCUAUUCCUGACUUAUUUAAUGAGAUUGUUAACCAACUUUACGAAGGUUGGAUGUGUGAAACUGAUAGCAACAUGUCGAAAAGAAGAAAUUCCCUAUCUAGUGGAGACCAAAUGGAUAAAAAACCAAUUAGGCCUGUUUUGCCUAUUGUUCAAAAAGGUGUUAUAUCUAUCACAUUGUUUUUUAUUAUAUUUUUAGUUGUGACCUUGGUAAUUUACAACAUCCAUGAAUUUUUUGUAAACUUUAAUGUCACUUUUAUCAGUGGUGUACUGAUAUAUUGUGGAUUGUUCGCGAUUGCUGUUUUAUUCGACAGUAUGCUACUAACUUUCUAUGACAUUUUAUUGCUCAUCAAAACAAUUCAGUCUAAGGGUGUAAAAUGGUUCUUGCUAAACUGUCUUAAGAAAACUCCUUAUGUAAUUUUAUCCUGGUUUAAAAAUGACGAAAUUGUGGAAAAUCCUCAAGUUAAUAGUUGGGAUAUGAUAGGACUAACAAUAUACCACUUUAUAUUAUGGUUAGGUAAGAAUCUUUACUACAAAGGGACUGCCGCAACUUUAAAGUACUGUAUUAUAAAGCUAAUUCGUCUUGCAAAUAAAGUAUAUAAGUAUUUUAUUGAAGUGGAGAUUCAUACUUCUUUAAGCGAUACAAGUAACAUUUACCAAUGUUUAAAAGAAAGGAACAUUGUAACUCAGUUAGCUAACAAAAUUUCAAUGUCUUCAAAAUAUUUAUUCAAUUUUUUUUGUUAUUUAAAUUUUUUAUAUUUUUUUGCUAUUCCACUGUGCUCAAGUUUCCUAGAAUUGUUUGUUACUGUCAUUGACUUUAUAUCUACUGUAUACCUGAUACUGUACCUCAGUACAGUAGAGACCCCCUUAUUAACCUAACGGAACCGGACCUAGGUCGGAUAACUCAAAAGUUUGGUUAAAACGAGUAAUCCCUAAAAACUAAAAAAAAUGAAAUGCUAUUCAUUUGGAAUUAUAUAACCAUUAUUCUGAAGUCUGGACCAUAGAAAAGUCACAAAUAAACUCAAAAACACGGUAAAGUAAAAUACUUUCAGUGGAAUAAAUUAUACUCGUAGAUAGAGUCAAUAAAAAUUCUAUAAUCCCUUUAGUAAUUUAUGCUUUCCAUAUUUAUUGUAAUUCUGUACAGAACUUAUUGUCAAAAUUUAAGAUACAAGCAACCAUUUUGUAGGCUUGAGUCACAGAAAGGAUAAAUACAAAUUAGCUUAUCAAUGAUACAAUCAUGAACAAAUUAGCUCAGUACAAAUUAGCUUAUUCUUAGUAACAUCCUUAGAGUUUAGCGUAUUGUUCCCAUCGCCAAGCGUGGGAGCAGAAAUGCCGAGAUUCCUAGAAUGCAGCGGUUAAACCGAACUGCUCUCAAAAAAGGUUUAAACAAACUGUAAUAUUUUACAAGCAAUGGCGGAUAAUUGGUUGAUGCAAGGUGGUUAAAAGGGGGUCUACUGUACUUGGUACUGUAUUAAGGCUUUGACAAUUAGUUAAAAGGUUGACUUGAUGGUAAUUAAGAAUAGACUAUUUGUCGAUGAGAAUAGAUGACCUUAGCCCAUCAGCACAGAUGGGUCAUGUGGCUUAAGACAGGCAAAAAUGUGUGAAACAAAGAAAAAAUAUUUUAUUUUCUUACUAUUUUUACACAAUCCUACUAAAAGAAAUAACUUAUGACUGUUUAUAUUUUGUUUGUACAACAAUAAAAAAAUUGGGCUAAAGUAUCUGCCACCGAAAUAUUAAGAAACAUGGCAAAUGUAUCUACUGCUGUCUUUAUAAUUUAAGAAAGAGAUUAUCUUUUAAAAUAUUGUAGACCUAUGGUAAAUUUGAGCAAGACUUUUGCCCUAGAGAGGUGUUCACAUAAAAAUAUUUCUUGUAAAUUAUAAUGUAUGGGGUAUGUCAUGUACAAUGUUAAAGUAAUUCCUUAAAGCUUGAAAAAGGGGCAUCAUAGUAGCACAAACCAGAUGGUUCUUGUACAAAUACCAAAGUCAUUUUGCAGAAUUGACAAAAAUAUCCGCUUUCCGUUCUCAAUCUGCAACAUAUCACCAAAGGGACCAUAUCACUUGGGAUGACAUCUAGUCGCGAACCCCUCAAAAGUUGAACCGAACGUCUCCCAUUGACGUGUAGCGUUGCUUAAAUACCUAGUCGCAAGAGCACGACUCAUCCAUUGAUCCUGGGCCUUAAACAAAUAUAUCACUUACUUGUCCAGGAAAGGUAAAGUUGUCACUAAUAUUUCUUCAUUUGUACCAAGCCAUGUAUGCAAGACUGGAAAACAAGACUGUUGUUCC